AAGCAGUUUAAGAAAGAGAGGACACAAACGGAUGUGUUUACCACUUAUGAUAACAAGAGUCUUGACGUUCAGAUGAUGUAUCAUAAGUCGAAGUAUCCCUUCGGAUACAGUCCUCAACUCAAUGCCAGAGCCGUUGAAUUGAGUUAUGAAAACAGCUCUGCAGUGAUGGUUGUGGUUCUGCCCGAAGACAACAACUCUUUGAAACAAAUUGGAGAUAAACUGACCAUUGAAUCACUGAAUCGAUUGGUGUCAUCGAUGCAUACCAUAGAAGUGGAGCUCUAUUUACCGAAAUUCAAAGUGGAAUCAAGUCUUGAGUUGAUUCCUCCGCUUCAAGACAUUGGCAUUAAAAGCGUUUUCGAUCCCAAUUCGGCUGACUUGAGUGGACUCAGCCAUAAACCGGGUCUUUAUGUCUCGCAAGUGAUCCAAAAGGCUGUGAUUGAAGUGUCAGAGGAGGGCACAGAAGCGGCUGCUGCGACAGUGGCCACCAUUGCCCUCAUGUCUAUGCCUAUCACAGAGACAUUCAAAGCGAACCGUCCGUUCCUGUAUUUAUUGGUCACUAAAGACGAGUCCAAACAAAUCAAUUCAAUUGUAUUUAUGGGUGAAUGUCAUAAUCCUAACCAAUGA